AGCCCAGCUUAUACAAGCCUCCUCCUUUUCCAAGACAAGCAGGAGGAAAAAAGGAUGAGGGGGCUUGGGCAACUGUUUCUUCCCAUAUUCUUCACCCUCGUCCUCAUAGUUCAUUUGAAGGACACCAUGUCCUCUGCUCUGCCUGGCAGUGCCCACCAAACAGAGCCCCUCCUCACCAGUGGGAGCCACCAAGGCCUCGCCUGCAUUGGGUGUGUGCUUGUUACAUCAGUAAUUGAGCAGCUUGCUCAGUUACACAACUCAACAGCAAAAGCAGCUUUGGAGAGACUAUGCAACUACAUACCUGAAAAACUUCACUUUCAGGAUAUCUGUUAUUUGGUUGCUGAAAUUUAUGGACCAGAACUAGUUAAACUGAUGGAGCACAAAAUGAAUGCUGAUGUGGUGUGCCAUUCCAUGAAGCUAUGUAAACAGGAUGUAGGUCAACCACUUUGUCAUCUGUACCCUCCCCCUAAGCUGGGGCUAAAUGCUGCUCUAAGAAAAGCAAGAAGGAUUGUCAGGAAUUCUGAAGUCCUGAAAAGUAUAACUGUUUUUUCAAGUGUAUGUAAACUUCCCCCCCUGGUUAAGCUGUGUGAGAAGAUUAAAUAUGCCAUAAAAAAUCAGUUGCCAUUUGAAGACUUUGAUGGAGAUAAAUUUAGUGCUUUCCCAACAUUGAGGGGAUAUCACUGGAGAGGCAGAGACUGUAAUGAAGGAAAUGCAACAGUGUACCCUGGUAGACGCCCACAUAACUGGGAUGUGGAAAGUGACACUAACUGUAAUGGCAUAUGGGGUGUAGAUCCAAAAGAUGGAAUUCCAUAUGAGCAUAAAUUCUGUAAAGGUGCGGAGUCCAAGGGGAUCAUUCUAUUGGGAGACUCAGCUGGAGCUCACUUUCACAUCCCUCCUGAAUGGAUGACAGCAGCACAGAUGUCUGUGCAAGUAUUUUCUGAUCUUCCACUGGCUUUUACCAAUGAGCUCGACUGGCCCCAGUUUUCAGGGAUCACUGGAUUUCUGAACUCCACCAUUGGAGGCUGGACAGAAUCUCUAUACUUAUAUUUACGUAGAAGAAACCUCUGCAAUCACAGAGACUUCCAGAAUAUUUCCAAAAAUGGUGGUUCCUCCCAUAAUCUCCUGGACUUAAUGAAAAGCUUGGCUAGAGAUCAUGUCUUGGACAAUCCAGCCAUAGUUAUCUAUUCUGUAAUUGGGAAUGAUGUCUGCAAUGGGAGACCUGACACAGUGGCUUACAUGACAACACCAAAGCAAAUGCACUCCAAUGUCAUGGAAGCGCUACAGUAUCUAGACUCUCAUCUUCCCAAAGGGAGCCAUGUGAUUUUAAUGGGCUUGGUAGAUGGUGGCUUUCUGUGGGAUCAUUUACACAACAGAUACCAUCCUCUUGGUCAGCUAAAUAAAGAUGUCACAUAUAAACAACUUUAUUCAUUCCUAAGCUGUCUUCGAAUCAGUCCUUGCAAUGGCUGGAUGUCUUCAAAUGAAACCCUCAGGAACUUCACAUCAGAGAGAGCUUUACAACUUUCCAAUGUCCUGAAAGAAAUAGCAAGAUCUGAGAAGUUUGCCAGCUUUGAUAUUUUCUAUAUGGAUUUCCCACUGAAGAAAAUUGUUGAGGAAUGGCGCAACCUUGGAGGGGAGGCCUGGCAGCUGAUAGAACCUGUCGACGGAUUCCAUCCUAAUCAGAUUGCUACAGCACUUGGGGCAAGAAUUCUCUGGCAGAAGGCAUUACAUGAAUGGCCUCAAGUGCUUGGAAAAGAGAAUCCAUUCAACAGUCAGAUUGAAGCUAUAUUCAGAGAUCAAGGAGGACACUGA